UCGACACGGGCCGACUCGUAAAACAAAAGAUUUCAGAUUCAGAUCAACUCGGUUCGCGCGCGUUGCCUCGCCGGCGCGGCGGGCGGGCGGCGCGGCGUGAUGCGAUGUUGCCGUUCGUAUGUAAACAAACAAACCUUAUAAAGAGCUCUGUCAGUAAUUUAGCAAUUUUUCUUUAAAUAAAUUUUAAAAAAUCCUUUGUGCGCAAAAUUUUAUAUAAAAAUGGAAAAUUAUACUGUGUAAUGAAAUGAAUGAAUCAUAGAUCAGAUCUCAACCCGCUUCAACGGCGACAUUUUGCCGCCCCCGCGGGCUGCCGCCCGGGGCGGGCCGCCCCCUCCGCCCCACCCACGCUACGCCACUGCCAAUAUAAAAAGGUAUAUUUCGCUAGCAGUACUUAGCCGUUACUAAAUAAAGGUAUGAAAAAGAUGGAAAGACGAAGAAAACAGGAUUGUUGCCGGCGCGCACGGUCGUGCCUUGGCCUUGACCACCCUUUUCGGUGCCUCGCACCCCUCGCCCACGUCCCGCAACUGUCAACGCUAUAUUUUUCGGUACCGAUAUCGCAUAAAGGUUAAAUAGCGGUAUACCCUAACUUUUAUUUUUUUAAGGUACACUUAUUUUAUACCGGUAGCGUAACCUUAUACCGUAACCCCUUUCAGUCCCUGAUUAUUUCUAUAUUUUCUAUCGUAUGGAAAUAUUCUGCGUGUCUAUAUUGUUGACAGAAGAAUAAGAGCUAUUAGUCUUAGAUGCAUUUUGUAAAUAUUGUUUUAAGGUGGGUUAAAGGUCUCUUUAACCUCCUUCCACCCUUUUACUUCUAUUUCUUUCUCUUGUUUUCUGCCACAUCUCAAUACUCAAUACUUUAUUUCCUCUUUCUCAUCUGCUAUUCUUGGUAUUUUCAACAGGUCUCUUACCUAAUUUGCCUUUUGAUCUCUGAUGCAUCCAAUCAGUAAACCCCUUUUCCUAGCCACUAGCCUUUUUUACCGCAUAAACUGUACCUUUAAAAACAAACCUCAUUUAUUUUCCAGGUGUUCAGUGCGUUCAUGAUCGGAGUCUACAGCUAUGCAGUCCACUCCAGCUUCGAGAUGUUCGCGUUAUACCACGGCACUAGUGUGGGCAUUACGAUACCAGAGGGCGUGUGUGUCGCCAUCUACUGCAUAGAAUUUGUCUUCACUGUCGCCCUGCUGUAUGGAGCACAUAUGAAACUAAUGGAAUACGUCAAAGCGUACUACUACUUCGCUAUUACAACAACAGUGGCGGCCAUACUCAUACAACUGAUAGACUUCGCGGCAGCCUCCACCAGCCACCUCGGGUUGUACAUGGUGUUUGAAACUAUGCCGUUGAUGUUGGCGGGAGCAUGUAUCCAACUCUACCUCAUAAUCUUGAUAAGGAGUCUUUUAAAGAAGAUGGAGGUGUCAGGCCCUCAGGGCUACGAGAACCAGCUCCAGCAGAUCGUGUACGAUGGGAAAGUGGAAACCAAUGGAGUGUAUGAUUCUACUGUGGUUCCAGUAGAACUAUAGGCUUAGGAUUAACCCAAAUAAUUAGCCAAAGAGACUAAAUAUUUGUAUAGCCUCUCGUUGCCAAAA